AUGAACAAUGAACCAGAAAAAGCUCUAGAAAAAGUUCCGGAAUUAAUUUGUGACUCUCCGGAUUAUCCUAAAUUAACAGUUCGAUGGUUUCACGCGGUUGAUAUUCCAAUAUUUGAUCCAAAUAAGCCGAAUGAACAAUGUGAUGAUAAAGAUCCAGUUGAAUGGAUACCAUUUUCUAAACGCGAUUCUAAAGCACUAGAAAAAGCAUUUAAAUCUGGCCAAACCGACAAGGAAGUGCUAGUGAAUGAAGAUUUUUUGUUUGCAGUUGAUAUCGAAAGUCGAGAAAUUAGUCCACUUUACUGGUCUGGUCCUGUUUAUCCGGUAGCACGUGCAACGUGGUUUUAUCAGAAUGAAUCAAAUAAAAUUAUUCCCUGUGAUGAAACUUUAGCUAUACAAAUAGAACAAGGAUAUAUAGAAAAUAAAGCAUGGGAACCACCUGUAGAAAUUACAGGGCCCGAUGGAAAUAUUAAAAUUAUACCAAGUCCUGAGAAAAGAUGGAAUUUAACCGGAAGAUUAGAAUCACGACAUGUUAUUUAUUCUACGCCAACGAUUGCAUGGUUAAUAACAGAUGGUAUGGCAGGAAAGUUAUCAAAGUCGAUUUUUUCAACAUUUACCAAUGGGAAAAAUUUAGGAGGAUUAAGAUUAAUUAGAGGAUAUGAAGAAUUAGUGAACCUUAUUUCAAAUGUUGAUACAAGUAAAGACAAACGUAGAGAAGAAUAUUCUUCUUCCCUUGAUAGAGAUCAAACACCUGAAGCAAGAAAAAGAGCAUUGGAAAGAAAACGACAAUUACAAGAAACUGAAGAUUAUGAUAAUGAAGAAAGCGAUGGGAUUAGAGAAAUUGAUCAUUUAAUUCUAGUUAUUCACGGUGUUGGACAGAAAUUGACCGAACGAGCUGGAUAUACGAAUUUCGUUCAUGAUGUGAAUGUCCUUAGAAAAACCUUAAAGAACGUAUAUUCUAAUAAUCCACCACCAGAAUGUAAAAGCAGACUUCCACCAAACUAUGAUAAGAAAAAAGAUUCUCAAUCUGGCAACGGAGUCCAGGUACUUCCUGUUCAUUGGAGACAAGAAAUCAAGUUUGGAAUGGCGUCGGAAGAUGAAGAUAUACAAGAUUUGGAAGGAGAGUGUACACUUGACGAAAUUACAUUAGAUGGAGUUCCAGGUUUAAGAGUUUUGAUUUCUGACGUGUUAAUGGAUGUUUUAUUAUAUAUGACACCAAAAUAUAGACAAUUAAUUGUACGAACGGUAACGGAAGAAAUAAAUAGAGUAUAUCGUUUGUUUAUAGAACAUAAUCCAAAUUUUGAAAAAAUAGGAGGAAAAGUAUCUAUGUUCGGACAUUCUCUUGGAUCGAUAAUAGCAUUUGAUGUUUUGUGCCAUCAACCACCAUUAUUUAAUUUAUCAAAUGCUGUAUUUGGAAUAUUUGAUGAAAAAUUUCAACAGGAGAAUAGUAAUGACGGAGGAGAGGAAAUUUAUGAAGAUAUUAUUAAGUUGGAUUUUCCUGUUUGGAAUUUUUUCGCUGCGGGAUCACCUAUUGGUUUGUUUUUGAUGCUUAAAGGACUUAAGAUUGGUUCUAGAAAAUAUUUGGUUGAUGCGGAGAAAAUAAGUGGAGCUAAUAAAAAAAAAUCCAAAAUUACGACAUCAAUUCCUUAUUGUUAUCCCGCUGUUAAAAAUUUAUAUAAUUUAUUUCAUAAAGCAGAUCCAAUUGCAUAUAGAAUAGAACCUCUUGUAUCUCGUAGAUAUACAACAUCCUUAAAGCCAGCAUUAAUUCCGUAUCAUAAAGGUGGUCUUAAAGGAGUUACAAUAGGGAUUACAAGUAUGUUUUCAUCAGUUUUUUCUAAACGAAAAAAAUCAACAACAUCAAGUAGUUCAUCAUCCGCCACAAAUUCAAGAUCCGGAUCAAUGGAUGUUUCAAGAAAAUCAAUAGAUGAAAGUCAAAUAACUACAAUUAAUACACAAAGUAGAAAUAUAAUUGUUAACUCUCCAAUUAAUAAAUCAUCAUCAUCAUUUGAAGAUUUAAACGGAGCUGAUAAAAUUAAAACUUUAAAUUCUACAGGUAGAAUUGAUUAUUGUUUACAAGAAGGUAUAUUAGAUGUUAGUUAUAUCACUGCUAUUUUUGUACAUCUUAAUUAUUGGAGUGAUAGUGAUAUUUCUUAUUUCAUCUUAAAAGAAAUUUAUGGGAACAUUUAUGAUGAAGAAAAUGAUUAA